CUGGUCAUCGAGCAUUGCUACCUAAGACUUAAGUCUAUCUGGUCUACUCCAAUCUCACCGCUCAGCCUCUUUCUCAUAGAGCUAGUCUUCAUAAAGCAAUUAGCUAAAUUUGGUUUAGGUUAUGCUGCAAGUGCGGAUUUCGAAAGACCUAUGGAUAUUGAGGUCGCUAAGUGUGCCCAGUUAUGCUACGGGUUUCAAGGAUUUCGGAUCCGUGUUACUAUUUGCUUUUCCAAGGUCUUACAUACAUUGCCAUGCUUCGAUCUACGAGACCACUUACGUGCACGUCCGCCAAGGAUCCGCAUUCGGUAAUUCGAGACCAUUGACUGAUGGUACUAGCAUACGUGCUCAACAUAUCUGUCAAGUUCUGAUAGUAAUAUACCUAAGUGUUGACGCAUGGGCAUGUAUAAUUAACAGCAAGAACUGAAGUCAUAACCAUGGCCGACUAUACCGUACGCGUUCGAAACUAUCACUGGUCCCAUCAAAAUACUCUUGUGCAGUCACCCGUUUUGGAUCUCACAGCACCCGUACGAACGCUGGUCGUUCAACCGUUGGAAGGUACAAAUAAGCAAGAGCCGCGAGUGCUUAGCAACACAAUCGAGUUGAGAGACGAUAUCCAAGACGACAUUUACGAAACCGAGGCACACGGCGUGUCAGUAUCGACAGGCCCGUCGGCCACCGAUAAGUUCCCAGUCUGGGUGCCCGUACAUAGUUAUAAAUGUAAGGAGGGAGAAGUCUAUGUUGUAAACUUGACGACGUUCGAGGCCUCCAAAGUUCCUGUAGCCCGUAUAUGUUGGGUACCAAGCUUUAAAGCCCCUGAUGGCAAGUUGUAUACGGUUAUCGGUGCUCCACGGAAACAAUUGCGAGAGACGCGAGUUUUGGCCCUCGCUCAGCAAGUCGGAUUUCCAAGAGAAGCUAGAUUCAUUACAAUCGAUCCAACUUUACUCGCUAGUUACGACGAGAUCAGUCACGACCAAAAGAAGGCUUUAUUUGACAUCCAGCUUAUUUACAUCCGAACAGGAUCCAAUCCACCGUCGAUGCUUCUUUCGAAUGGGUAUCGCGUAUUUUCUUCCCCGAAUAGGUUUGCAAACGAUAGGCUCAGCUUAGAAGAGGUCUUAUCUGAAGAUCUCGAGGCUCCUCGACGUAACCACUCCAUUUGUAGCUCUCGGAGUUCCUCCGAUAGCUCUAGCGACGACGACGAUGAAUCACUGUACGACGAGCCCACGUACGUGUCGUUAGUAGUAGACCCGAAGCGUUUCUAUACCUGCGAUUGCAAAUAUCCUGGUUUACGUCCUACCUGUUUUGACCCAUACCCGGGCCACCGGCAUGGUACAGAUGAAGAAUGCUCCCUCGGAUCAACUCACACGAAGCAUUGUGUCUUUGCAGACCAUGCGCCUGAUGAUUGUGUCAUAACUGGCUCUUCAGAAAAGCACGAGCAUUGCAUCCAUCUAUCGGAAGCUAUAGAAUCUGAUUUUAAGAGAGAUUACGGCGCGGACUGCUGUGCUGAUGUUGAAGCCUUCUAUGAAGACACGGGGAAGGCAAUGAAUGAUGAAUUCCCCAUGGAUCUCGAACCGGCUUUUGCUAAUUCACCAACUGUAGCUUACCUGUCAGAAUCCGAUUUUUAUGCAGAAUGGGAGAGUAUUGAUCUGGGGGAGCUUGACGAUGUGGAUCGACUUUGCUUACCAGGUUCAACCAUCUCAACCUCGACUGUCGAGGAACCAAUUCCGAGUUCUUAUAUGAGCCUUGAACACUACGGCUCUCCAGAACCGAAGGACAUGGAAGUUUAACUUGCCGCGUUCUAUGCUUCCAGAAUUAACUCAAUGCGAGAGUAGAUGGAUGAAUUAAGAAACUCUGGCGGAUACACAUGGGAGUACUUGUUCUGAAUUUUAUCAUGGGUGGCAGCGACGUAUUUUCUAUCUUCUACGAGGUUAUACGGAUAUAUCUUUCUUAUAUAUGUUAAAGAAAAUCCGCUCUCCCUGCAAUUAACUCGAAGCGCUAUAGAUAUCACUUAUGUAUCUACCUAUACUACGGUGAAUUAUCUCCAUUCCCGAAUUGAACAGAACUAUAAUAGUAAGGAACCCCCUAAUAGAUCCCACCAGCACUACACAUACGCGAGGGCG